AUGGAGGGGAACACACACCUCCUGCAGCUCGUCCGCACCAUGCGCUCCCAAAUCAACAAGCUGGAGAGGGAAAACAGGGCCCUGAGGGGAGAGCUGCAGGUCUGUGAGCAGAGAACAGUGCUACAGGAGAGAGAUGCAGCAAGAGGAGACAGCAGCAUGACAGUGCGGCGUUACUGCACCGCUUGGCCAGCACCUGCUCGGUGCAGCGCGAGGGCUCGCCGGGCCACCAAGAGCCCCCCGGGCAAUGGGCCUGUGGCUGCACCGGGCAGUGCCCAGUCACCAGGCCCUUGGCCCAUGGCACAGCUCACCCCUGGGCAGGGGAAAGGGCUUGGGGAAACACCGGAUAGCUCUCUGUCCUACAGUCAUCCCAGCAAAAUGAAGCUGUUUCAGGAGCAUGUCUGUAAGUGCAGGGGUAAAGUAAAGGCCGUUAGUUUCCUCUUACCAAUGGACACGUCAGCAUAUGCUGAAAUGCACAGUUCCCUUCAAAGCCCACGAAAUCAGAGCACAAAGCAGGCAACCACCAUCGCUGAAAAGGAUAUGUGA